CACACUGAGAAGCCUCUCGCGUGAGACUAAAUCAAGUCUCGUUCUCAACGAUUUCUUGGAGCGUUUUGAGCCUCUUGUAUUCAAGGCUUCUUCUCACAGACGUCUUGACAGAAUACCGGACACUGAACCAUUAUGUGAUAUUUCGCAACCGUAACUCCUCUAAAACAGUGGUAAACUGGUUCUUGACAUCCAGCUCUAAAGGAAAAAAGAAAACAAGAAGAAGAAGAAGCGCACCAAAUCCUUCUUCCACUGUUACAGGUAAACUGGUUCUUGAAAUCCAGCACCAAAAAAAGAAAAAGAAAAAACAGAAGAAGCAUACCAAAUUCUUCUUUCACAUUUCCGGAAGGUACUUCUGGUUUUUGUUCGGUUAUUGACGGGGAAGAUGGCGACCGGAAUGAUUGACAUUGAAGAGGAGCGCACGUUCAAGGAGAUAUUUCGGAUUCUGGACAGGAAGAUCAGCGGGUACAUCCCGUGCAAGGACUUUCAGUUGAUCCUGCUGGCCGUCAAAACGGAAGUGGGGCUCACUGAUGACGACAUACAGGAAGUGCUCGAUGACGCAGACAAGAACAAAGACGGAAAGAUCACGUUUAAUGAAUUCUACAAGUUCAUGGUCGAUUACAACUAAUGCACCUCUCACCACAUCCACAUCCAGUGUACAUCCACAAACCGACUGUACCAACCCACGUCAUCACAGUGACAGAGCAACGUUCCAAGAAAAAUGUUUCUGACGCCAAAACAUAAAACCACAUCAACAAAAUAAACCACGCUGUCUUCUCGGGACCUACUUCCGAAACGCUUACAACUUCCGGAGAGUUGCAUGCUACUUCCGGAGUGUUCAUCUUCAUCACGCAUACGCCUCCUUGUGACGUUUCCUGAUUGACACGCACAGCACACGCCCCCCUCCACCCAUUCUUGACGAUGUUACAGCUACGUAGCUAAUAGAAGUUUGGUUUAACGUGGAAUAGUGCGUUAUAUGACUAGAGGAUUAUUUAUUUAAGUAGCGUUACCAGUGUGUACGGUAUAUACUGCUGUAAUUACGUUAUUGGUGUUUUGUGUGUGUUCCCAGCUACAUAAACAUCAGGUCCUAUAAGUAUGUAAUUAUUCAUGCAUGUUCUGCUUGUACAUUUUGCCUGGCUGAUUUCACACGAAAGAGCAAGAUGUUGGCACUACAGUACAUUAAAAUGCUCCGAUUCAGA